AGUUUACUAAAUCAAGUUGUUAUACUUUCAUAAUUUUUGUGUACGAAUUGGAGUAAUCGAUUAAGCGCGUAACCAGUGUAAUUUACUUCGUGCUGUACGCUAAGUAGUUCACAGCUAAUUAACAAACGUUAUCAUAUCGAUAUUAUGUCGCAGUAAUUAACGUUCUGUAUUACAUGUGUAUGCAGGACUGGCGAUAUUAGUUGCGGUUCAGCUGUCAGAUGACAGUAAUAUUUGUUCUUUUGUAGAAUAUACUGAUGAACUAAGUCAAACAGCCAAAUUGAUAUGCAUCAGUGCCCUUGUCUGAAACUGCAAUAGCCCGAGGUGUUGAAUAGUUGUGAUUAUGCUGCUUAUUCAGUAUUUUAUUUCGUAGGUGUUGUGUGUCAUUUUUGUUAAGAGGCAAAAAUAAGUAUCUAAUUUGCGUGUGUGCGACAAGAUAGAAUAUUUUUUGUGGAAUAAUAAAGACAGUAGUCAUACAUUGUUCACCAACGCAACAUUUCAAACGUGCAGUGACAAAAUAUGGGGAGCAGUCAGCUGUACAGUUUGUCAUGGGGAGAGUUUGGUACGUCGCUUGUAUCUGCCGUUCAGCUACUGAGAUGCCAUGGAGAUCUUGUUGAUGUGACGCUGGCAGCUGGUGGCCGCAGUUUUCCCGCACAUAAAAUAGUCCUCAGCGCAGCAAGCCCAUUUCUUCUGGACCUUCUGAAGAGCACACCUUGUCAGCAUCCUGUGGUCAUGCUUGCUGGAGUGACAGCACAUGAUCUGGAAGCUCUGCUAGAAUUCGUGUAUCGGGGAGAGGUUAGUGUGGAUCCGAACCAGUUGCCGUCUUUGCUUCAGGCAGCUCAUUGUCUGAAUAUUCAGGGCCUGGCACCAGGGACCUUAAAUGCAGAGACUAUGUACAGCUUGCAUAAACUUGAUGAUAUGCAUCCUUCUCCUGCAUCUCAUGAAGCUCUGUCGAGAGAUGUCAUUAACUCCUUUUUACCGAUUAGGAGGAAGAGAAAAACAAAACGAAGAGAAUCUACAGGAAAUGCCUCAAGCACAGGGUCUAGUGGCUCGAAGUGGGCCCGUCAUGAUAGUCUCUCUGCAGAUUCAGAAAAUCAGCCAGCUAAUCACCAUCAGAAUUCAUCGCAUUCAUCUCACAUACCAGAGUCUGAUGUCCUCUCUAAUCCGGAUACGCGUAAGACUGACGACGGUGAAAGCAGUAAUCAAUCAGCGGAUGAAACAGGAGUGUCACCUGCGUCGGGAAGUGGUGGUACGAAGAUCCGAGGGGCUUCAGACCAGCCGGGCGCGUGCCCCCUGUGUGGAGCACUGCUGCGCCAGGCUCGCAACCUGCGGCGGCACCUGCUGACGAGCUGCAAGUACCGCAUGUCGGUCGGUCCUGGAGGGGGUCCAGGUGUCGGUGUUGGGGUAGGAGCAGCCUACUCGCAGCAGCCGUCCGCCCUCGAGCCUGAAGUGCAGCUGCAGCAGCCCGCUACGUUUGCAUCGCUCCUGCCCGUAGCACUGCCCCAGCCCGGCCGUCCUUCCAGCCCACUGCGACCACUGUCUGUGCAGGGGCAACACCACCAUCCUCAUCACCAACAGCAGCCGCAGCAGCAGCAGCAGCAACAAGAACAGCAGCAGCAGCAGUCAUCCCACCAGCAUCAUCACCAGCAGCAACAGUCAACCUCACAGUCACAGGCUCAGGAAGACACUCCAAUGCGAGCAGUGCUCCUCCACGUGCAGCAUUCACACCAGUCCUCACAGCAGCUGCUUCCGCUGCCACCCGAGGAACGCUCCGUCCAGCUGCCGCUACCGGUGCCGCUGCUCGCCCCUCUGCACCAUCACCACUCUCCACAGCAGCGACGACAGGAGACGGCCUGUGAGCAGAUAGUGUGCAAAGUGUCCCCCGUUCCCUCGCCGUCGCCCGGUCCUUCCGCACCUUGUGCCGAUUUGGUGUCUCCGGCACCAGUGGAGUGCCGCAGGGUAGCGGGCACGCCACCUGUAGCACAGCAGAGUCAGCAGUGAGAAUCGUCCUCCCUUACUUUUUGAGGCUGUGGGAACUCUGCAUUUCUCAGGCACCUUCUCUUUCUGAGAUCGCAACUCACUUCCUUUUUGUGUGUCAUUUCCUGUGACUCGCUUUGGAUAGUUUAGCUACAUCAUGUGCACACUAAGAAGUCUCUCGGUGAGGUUGCUAGUGGGAGUAACUUAAUUUAUAAAAAUUCAGUGGUAUUGCUAAAGCUAACUAGUAGAAAAUACUUUUCACUGGGUGUACACUUAAAACAAGCAGAAGCAAUAUAUGGAGCUAAUGAUCACCAAAAUACUGCAUGUAAUUGAGUUUGAAGUAAUACUGUUUAUUAUAUUUCUUGUAUUUUCGUACUUCUGUGUGUGUGUCCAUCAGUAGUACUAGGAAUUUCAGCUCUUGAAGUUAAAGCCAUUCUGUCUCCUUGUCACAUUAUUUAUUGACAAGUAAAACACAAAAUUCUUGGUUUGACUGCUAGCUGAAAUUGGUAUCUACUGGAAAGCACUCAAAGGUGGUUAGAAAAUUUAAUUUUUUUUAUUGAUUUAAGUGCUUCCAUUAUCCACCUUGCAGAGAAUCUUCUUAGAGUACAUAAGUAAUAAUGUUCAUGUGUGCACAAUUUGGAAAUCAGAUGAUCCGUGACUGGAAAUACAGCAGUUAAUGUUGUUGUUUGCAUCAGAACUGGAAAAGAUGAUCUUUCUUCAGUGCACAUGUUACAGUGCUGAUGUGCAGUACUGUUACAGAAGCGUCAUGUCGUUUGUAAUUGUGGCAGUAAGAAAAAAUGCAGACUUUGAGACACUCCACAUUACUCCAGUUGCAUGAAUAAGUCUUCCAUAUUUAUCACAAUAAUUUUUUCCUCUCAUUUGGCAUACUAGUUUUUUAAGAUCUGGAGCUUACUGUCUUGUUUUCUUUUGGAGGCCACGGAUAGCAUUAGUUGUAAACUCAAAAUGCAGUAAAAUGGAAAAAUAAUACUCAUUCACCUAUUGUGCAAACUGUGAUAAUUUGGAUGCACCUGAUAGAAAUAUGAAAAGCCAGAGAUGUUGAAUCUUGACCUUUCAAAACUUCAGUUUCUUUAUUUUAAGUAAAGGAACUUAAGUGGAAGAAAUAGAUGAGGGAAAGUUGCUUAAAUUGAUAGACAGGAUGCAGGGUGAAAAGAACUAGACAAAUGUGUGCGCGCGCACUCUCUCUCACACGUGCUCCCCCCCCCCCCUUCCCCCCCCCCCCCCACACACACAGAGAGAGAGAGAGAGAGAGAGAAAGAGAGAGAGAGAGAGGGGGGGGGAGGGGGAUAGGGAUAGGGAUUGGGGGAGAGGGGGGAUCGCCUCUGCUAGUUGCACUUUUUUUCUUUUGUUUUACUUCCUAAGUCAACCUGAUCAGGGGAAAUAGUGUAAUUAAACAAAAAGAGAAAAUUUUUAUUUGAUGUUCGUAGAAAAAAAAUUAUAAAAAGCCAUAUGUAAGAAUACUUUCUCAACAGGAGUAUCAGUAGGUGAUGGACCUUUUGUUGUAUGAUUAAAGCUUAAUUAUUUUUACAGAUUUCCAGCCUGCUGGUAUGUUAAAGGGUCAGCAACUUGUGAUACUAUUUCAAUAUGACAAACAGCAAAGUUGCAGAAAUAGCUCUUUUUUAUUACUGGAUGAUGAAUAGUUUCAGGUUUGUAUUCAUAACCCAUUCUCGAAUCAUCCAUCCAGUCAUAAUAAAUAUUGCUCCACAUAGCAAAAAAUCAUGACAAUUGUUACCCAAAGGAGUAGCCCUGUCACGCUACAUUUUUGGAGAAAUGUAAUGAACAUGAUUUUAACCACUAUGUGAGGCACAUAUAUUUUUAUUACAGACACAGAAUAUAUCAAUGUCUUCAACAGAACCAAUAAACAAAUAAAUGUCUGUAUAAAAUUGUCUGUCAUUGAAGAUUAUAAUGUUUGGCUCUGGCAAUUGGCCUAGUGCCUUUUCGUUUGAUUCAAUGACGACUCCCUCAACCAUCUGGUCUUCUGAGCGCUGUUGGCAAGCGGGGUGCACUCACUCCCUGUGAGGCAAACUGAGGAGCUACUUGAUUGAGAAGUAGUGGCUCCAGUCUCGUUAACUGACAUACAGUCAGGAGAGCGGUGUGCUGACCACAUACCCCUCCAUAUCUGCAUUCAGUGACGCCUGUGGGCUGAGGAUGACAUGGUGGCCGGUCAGUACUGUUGGGCCUUCCAAGGCCUGUUUGGAUGGAGUUUUAGUGUAUGACUCUCUCAGUUUGUCUGAAAAACUUAUGUGUGUCAUUGCUGCUGAAAAUUUGUGUGACUUAAGAAUGGUGUUAGUUUUAUCUUAUGUUUCUGGAUCUGUUAAUUCACAUUCAAGAUCCACAAAAUCUUGCUAGAUUCCUCGCAUCCAUUGUCCUCCAAUCUUUUUCCCCAGAUUUCUCACCAGUGGUUGCUGUAUGGUCCUGUUUCAUGUUGGGAUAGAGUGCUGUAAUUGUAACUGGCUUCUGGGAGUUAUGAUUUUAUGAUAUUAGAUCUUACUGUAUACUGAUAAACAUUUCUUAUUAUUGAUUAACAAAAGCCACUUCAGCUGUAUUAUUACACAUUUAUUAUGUUAUAACCGAUUUUGUUCAUUGAACAUCUUCAGGUUACUGAAGUUAAGCGAAACAAGAAAUUAGACUAAAGCUACAGCAUCUUAAUAAAAUAGACAAUUCAAACUGAUAAGAGCCUUAUACUAAGUCCUCACCAAGUUCUGCUAAAUUCAUGAAAUAAAUGGUCUGGUUGUCAUAGGUAAUAUUAAAGACGAAAUCCAAAAACAGUGAUCACAAACAUUCCGCGAGUCAUCUGGCAGGAGUAUGGCGAGCAGACACGGCAUGCUGUGUACAGUAAACUGGCCAGGCAGGGCCACUCCAUGACUGAGAUAGACAUUUAAACAUAGUAUUUGGCCUCCAUCGAGUGCGAUAGUCGACUGUGUGAUCCCAGUUAUUACAAGCAAUGUUGUAACCACUUUUAUUCAGUAGUCAUGAUCACUUUGUAUGAUCGCAAUUAUGGAUUCUCCUAAUGAUGAUGCAGCUUUGUGUAACCGUUGGUGUAUGUUCUCUUCCAUUGUAGCUAACUUAACACAGCUUGCUUGUAAUGUUAUUAAGAGCGUAUGUUAUCCACUAGUUUGGAUGCCUUAGCUAUUUUACAUUUUCAUAGACAUUGCAUCCUUUAUAACUACAUUAUUAAUAACUUACGUUAGUUCUGUGAGAUCAUAAUAUCAUUCAUGAUGUAUUUUACAUGAUUGAAUCACUGAUUGAAAAAAAGGAAGAAAGUCCAAUCACCUCUGUUUAGAGGAAACUAAAAAACUUGUUAACACUUACAAUAUUGUUCCUAGAGUUUUGUGAUCCAUUGCAAACUUGUAGAACUAGGUUAUCUGUACACAGUGAUGAGUCAUUCCAGCCCAUUCAAUAAAUAUUUUUGAAGCUAUCCUGUUUGGAAGUUGGUGGAUAUUCGCCCCAUUUCCAAUAAAUGAUCCUCUCGUGGGGAGUUCGCAAAGAAUGUCACAAUGACAUAGGUUUACAGAGCUAUUUAGUUUUACUUAUGUUACUAAUCAUUUCAAAAUAUUGAUAUUUAUUGAGUAAAAUAUCUUAAGAACAACAAUGCACUGUGAUACAUAUAAAAUGUUUUAAUUGACAAUGUUCUUUAACACUUUUUAAUCUUCUUCAUCAGAUUGUACUAUGUUGUCUUCUCCAUCAGGCUGGAAAUCAUUAUUUGCUGUGGGCCACUAAAGAAUGUUGUUAAAAAACUCUUGAUACUCUAAUGGAAUGUACUUAACUGAUUUAUUAUGAUCUUUCAGCUUCUUCGUAUUUAUAGGAAUCUUAUUGUUGUAUGCUAUUGUUCUGGGAUAAUCAGGUGUUUGUUUUCCUUUAAAAAUCCUAUAUGUAUUGUGAAGCAGUCCAUCUGUCCAUUCCUAACAAAUGACAUACCAUGGAUUCUGAUGCUUAUAGGUCAAAUGCCGAAAUUUAGCAAGCAAAAGUCUUUCCUUUUCUUGACAAUUUAUGGCAAAUGAAGUUUUUUUAAAUUGGUGUGACCACCGUUCCUUAAAGUCAAUAGUAUCUUUAUGUUCAAUAAUCUUGACGUGAAACAAAUCCAGUGUUUUUCUUAAAUUCACUAUCAUUUCAACGUACUGUUUGACAGAGUAGAUUCUACCUUCUUGUCGUAUGCCUCUCUUGAUUAUGGCAAAAUCCCCAUCAAAUGGGAGGAGGGAGUGGCCUCUUAACAGCAAAAUAAUGCUGAAUUAUUUGAAAUUUCAAAGUCAUUGCGAGAUGCAUCAGGUACUGUACAACUGUGUUGUUUUUAUUUUGCCCACCACAAGAAUCACAGACACAUGUUCUUUCACUGAGUCAGAUAUUCCACUUACGUAGUCACUGAGAAAUGUGCACACUUCAUUUGGACCUCGAUUGCCUUGUCCUUUAUGGUAGCAGUAGAACUGUGCUGUAUUAUCUUUGAGGUUAUGGAUUCCAAAUACCAAAAGCCACAGUUUUCGAACAUAGAACAUUUCCUGUUCAGGAAGACAAGAAAGGGGAACUUUUUGCAUAUGAUCAAACACCAGGCUGAUUACAUCAUUCCUUUUAGCACACAGUUUUAUCACCUCUUGUUGUUUUUUAUAGAACUUAGAAGCUUGUCACUUGUGAACCAUCAAUUCUGUGACAGCCAUUUGUUUUGAAACUUCAUUCGUUAACAAAGAUUUAGUUUUGGCUAGAAGCUCUUCACAGGCAGAACAUACAUCUACUUGUGGGUGACCAAAUCUAUAGUGAAAAGUUUCAUAGAAGUACUUGUGGUAAUGUUCAUACUUCGUUAUCAAUUCAGGGUUUUUAUCACAAAACAAAUGAUGCAUCUUUUUCAAAUUUAAGUUGGAAUACAAAUGUACAAUACUUUUGUCACUGUAGUGGGUUGGGAAAGAUCGAAUAUGAGCAUCAGUCUUGUCAAUGACAUCAAAUCCACCUGUGUAUCCCCUGUUAAUAUACUUUCCUCUACAGUCAUCUGGAGACUGGCUAUUAACAAGGAGCGAUUUUAAGCAUACAACAACCUUAUCACUCACAACAUGCAGACUGCAAAAUGCUUUGCGACAUACCUGUGUCCUUUCAGUCUGUUUCAUAACAAAGAAUCUGUAUGUACCUUUCUUCACAAAUGUCAGAUUUUCUUUUCUGCUCCUUCUCCUUUGUACAGGUGAAUACUCUUAUCAGUCCCAUUAAAUACAGAUCUUUCUGCCUUUUAGUUUAACCAUCAUACAAUCUCCUAAUUAUUUCCAUUUGAUCCUCAUCUUUGGAAUGUUCAUUUUGGAACAAGUGCAAUAAAAAAGAAUGUUGGAGCAAGAUACAAUAUACUUCACUUAAAUAUUUAUCACUAAAAUGAAGACAAAUAUCACAUGAAAACCUUUAUAUAAAAAUUGCUGCAUGGGGGACCAGACCGUUUUGCUGGCACAACUAAUCCUUGUGAGGUUAUAUAUUCCUGUCCUAGUGAUCUACACAAUGUGAUCAAAAGUAUCAGGACACCUGGCUGAAAAUUACUUACAAGUUUGUGGUGCCCUCCAUCGGUAAUUCUGGAAUUCAGUAUGGCAUUGGCCCACCCUUAGCCUUGAUGACAUCUUCAACUCUUGCAGGUAGGUGCUGGAAGGUUUCUUGGGGAAUGGCAGCCUAUUCGUCACGGAGUGCUUCACUGAGGAGAGGUAUCGUUGGUGGUCGGUAAAGCCUGGCACGAAUUCGGCAAUCCAAAACAUCCCAAAGGUGUUCUGUAGGAUUCAGGUCAGGGCUUUGUGCAGGCCAGUCCAUUGCAGGGAUGUUAUUGUCGUGUAACCACUCUGCCACAGGCCGUGCAUUAUGAACAGGUGCUCCAUCGUUUUGAAUGAUACAAUCGCCAUCCCUGAAUUGCUCUUCAACAGUGGGAAGCAAGAAGGUGCUUAAAACAUCAAUGUAGGCCUGUGCUGUGAUAGUGCCACAUAAAACAACAAGGGAUGCAAGCCACCUCCAUGAAUACCACGACCACACCAUAACGUCACCACCUUUGAAUUUUACUGUUGGCGCUACACAUGCUGGCAGACAAUGUUCACCGGGCAAUCGCCAUACCUACACCCUGCCACCGGAUCGCCACAUUCUGUACCGUGAUUCAUCACUCCACGUUUUUCCACUGUUCAGUUGUCCAAUGUUUACGCUCCUUACACCAAGCGAAGCGUCGUUUGGCAUUUACCGGCAUGAUGUGUGCCUUAUGAGUAGCCGCUCGACCAUGAAAUCCAAGUUUUCUCACCUCCCGCCUAACUGUCAUAGUACUUGCAGUGGAUACUGAUGCAGUUUGGAAUUCCUGUGUGAUGGUCUGGAUAGAUGUCUGCCUAUUACACAUUACGACCGUGUUCAACUAUCGGAGGUCUCUACCAGUCCACAGACAAGGUCAGCUUCUACACUUUAGUACUGUACAUGUCCCUUCACAUUUCCACUUCACUAUCACAUCAGAAACACUGGACCCAGGGAUGUUUAGGAGUGCAGAUAUCUCAUGUACAGCCAUAUGACACAAGUGACACUCAAUCACCUGACCACGUUCAAAGUCCGUGAGUUUCGUGGAGUGCCCCAUUCUGCUUUCUCACGAUGUCUAAUCACUAAUGAGGUCGUCGAUAUGGAGUUUCUGGCAGUAGGUGGCAGCACAAUGCACCUAAUAUGAAAAAUGUAUGUUUUGAGGUGUGUCUGGAUACUUUUGAUCACAUAGUGUAGCUUUCUUGCUUCUUUCUUUGACAUAGUAUCUACAUUUCUUAUACCUUUUCUUCUCCCGUGCACUUUUUCAAUUUCAGAGUCAUUUUCUCUCAUUUUGCGAAGUGUCUACAAAUAGCAACUUAUGUAAAUACACUGACAAUAAUGUGGGUCGAUAAAACUGAAACAAUAUCUUUAAAUGCCACUUAAUAGCAUUGUUGUAACAUUCUUUGUCUGACAUCUGGUGAUGCUGCGCACACUGAUGAGUGGAAAAACAGAAGAAUGUCUGGACACUCUUCUCGAUUCCAGUAACUACAAAUUUUAAAAGGCUGUACUGUCCGUAUUAUUAUUGGGUUUUUCUUCCCGUUUCCACCCAUUGAUGAGUGGACAGCUCCAAAAUUAAAUGUAUAUCUCAGCUUAUUUUCGAAAAAAAUGGACUUUCUUCCUUUUUACAAUCAGUGAUUCAACUAGUUUGCAACUGUGUUAAUAAUCAUUCACAUACUGUCGUAGCUGCCAAAUGACGAUGUAGUUUGGUGUAAGCACUGCUCCCUGUGCCCUUGUUAUCAUGCACAAUUGUGUUGCUAACUUGCAUAAUUGUGUUGCUAACUUUAGUUUGGUUCUACUUUUCAAUAUUUGGUUUCAUUGUGCACAAGUGUGGUUCUACUUUUCAAUAUUUGGAUUCAUUGUGCAAUCUUUAACAUCAGUCCUGUGCUGAAGGUUUUGCCGUUUCUUAUAUCAAUUGUAAUCACACAGUUGACUGUUACACUUGCUGGAAGCCAAGUGCUAUGUUUAUGUGUUUACCUCAGUCACAAAGUGGCCUCGUCUGGCAAGUUUACUGUUUGCAGCAUGUUGUGUCUGCUCUCCAUACUUCCUCCAGGCAGCUGGCAGAAUGUUUAUGACCAGUGUUUUUGGAUGUGGUCAUUGACAUCACAUAUGACAACCAGACCACUUACGUCAUGCCUUUAGCACAACUCAAACUGCUAUAGCUUUAGUUUAAUUUCCUGUUUUGUUUAUCUGGAGGUGACCUGAAGAUUUUCAAUGAACAAAACCGGUUGUAACACAAUAAAUGUGUAAUAAUAGAGCUGAGAUGUUUUCCUUUUCAAUUAAUCAUUAACAUUAUCAGAUGUGGUGCUCAACAUGAUCAAGAUUAUUUCUUAUUAUAUGUUGACCAGGUUAAAAAUUACUUUCUUUUUACUUUGAUAGUUCUGUUUUUCCUUUUGUUUUCUCACUUAGUUUGAGCACGAUGAUUUCUACCAGGUAUUUAAAUUGCAGCACUGUGUUAGUUUUACGAUCAUUUCUGGAUACUGCAUUUAUACUCAGGGCUAUAGCCAUAACCUUAGUUUGCUAGAAUGACACAUGUAAUCCUAUUUUUUGUAGACUGCUGAUCUGGGCAUGAAUUUCUUGCAUAUUGAGAGCUAAGAGAAUUAAAUCAUGUGCAAACCCCAGGCAGUUUGAUCUUAUUAUAGUUUUGCUCCAAGUUUUAUUAAAGUGCUUUAUCAUUUCGCCAAAUGUUCAUGAUGUAAUCAAAAGCCACAUUGAAGAAAUUGUGGAUAACCCAUCAUCUUGUCUGAUGCUGGUCUUCAUUGCGAAAGCUUCGACUCUUCUUCUCUUAACUAGGGAAAGUGUACUCGCCAAAAUUUGUCUUUUUCUUUUUUUUAAAUUUGGAUUGAGUACAGUGUGGCCUAAGGAUUUUUUUAGUAUUAGUCUAUGGAUAAUGUAUUUUGUUGUAAUCUGUGAAUGAGAAAAAGAGCUGUUUAUUUCUGUAAUUUUUAUAUGCUAUUAUUAUUAUGUGCAUUUAAGGUAGAGAAGGGGUAGAAAGGAAAAGAAAGGGAAGAUGAUAUUGUUAUCAGCUGCAUCGGGAUUUUGUGCAGCAUCAGCAGCGAUGAGUGAAAAUGCAUGCCUAACCGAGAUUUGAACCUGGGAUCUCCUACUUACUAGGCAGUUGCAUUAACCACUGUGUCACCUGGACAAAGUGUUUAUCACAACUGUGCAAACUGUUGUGACGUGCCUCUUGACCGACCACAUUCCCACCUAGUGCCAUCUAUCUGUAGUCUGUCUGUGUUCUCCAUGCUCGCUGCUUGGAAAUUUCUGCAGGAGGUUAGACAUAAUCAUGCAUUCACACUGAAUGUGGUGGAUCCUUUGCCCAUUGAGGCAAAUUAGUUACACGAAAGUGUGGUGUCAGUUCUUUUGGACAUGUCUGAAAGGCUAGACACCACGUAUUCAUAUACUAUUAUUUAUUGAAUAUUCAUUUUACUUACAGAUUUUCACAUUAAAUGAUUCAUCUAAUCAUGUUUCCAGGCACAAGCUGUAACAUUUCUUCUGUAACAGAAGCAUUGAAAGUGGAUAUUGCAGUUUUCAAUUCAUCGAUGGAAUUUGGAUGGUUUUUAUAGACAGUUGCUUUCGCUGCACCCCAGAAGAAAAAGUCAGGUGGUGUUAGGUCAGGCAGUAGUGGAGGCCAAAGUUCCUGUGAAAUUAUGUGAUCACAAAAAACAUCAGCAAGCAGUGACAUUGAAACAUGAGCUGUAUGCACGGUUGCACCAUUUUGUUGAAAAUAACUGUUCAGUAUUUCACUUAACACAAGUUUUCCUAUGAAUGGGUACAGAAUAUCACUGCAGUAUUGUGCAUUUAUUGUUUAGUUGAAGAACCCAGGCAGUUGAACAAUCCUAUGGCACGUGCGGCUAACAAUCAUACGGCACUGCAGAGAGAUUUCUUAACACCCUGUACAAUGACCAGUUGUGAUCUCAGGUCAUCACCACGGUGGUAACACUUGAAAUUUUGCGAGUAUAUCAGAACUUCACUAUCUACAGUUCCAAACCAUGGCACAGUGUACAAUAUGGAAACAAAUGGAAAAAGUGUUUUGAACCUGAGGGCAGUCAUUAAUGUCCUUUACUUCCACUAUCAUUGUUAUGUUAGAGCCUUCGAAUUCGUUGUCAUCAGAGUCAGCAAUGCUUACAUUAAGAACAAUGUCUGUUAUGGCAGUUUCCAUAAAACCGAUGUUCACCCAAUACUCUCUCUCCAGUUGCUCUACCUUCCAAUAGUAUCCUACCAGUCUGUUGCAUCCCAAGUGUUGGUAUUGCCAGAGACUUAGCAACAAUGGUUUGGGGGAGUGAGAUUCAGCUGGUUGACCAAAGAAGGGGGGAGACUUGUUUAGCUAAAUCUGUUCAUCUCUUACUAAGCUUAAGUAUUUUGCGAUUUGCACUGGGUUUAUAAUGAGUGGUUGUACUUUAACAAUAGCAUAGAUCAUCUGCCUAUAUUCUUCUACUUCCCCAAAUAAGCUGGUAAUUGCAAUAAUUGUUCACUUAUUUUUAUGAGUGAAGCAACAGUUUUGAAUCCUACAUCUGUCUAUUUCACAUAAGUUAUAAUAAACUGUUCUACUUUUUCUAUGUUGACUUCAACACUUCUUCAUUAGACUGCAGUGUGUACACUGUUCGAUUUACUCCUUGAGAAUGUGGCUCUUGCCACUGUCACCUGUUCCUUUGUUAAUCUAAGCCAAUCUCCGACGUUCUUUUCCAUUGUCUUUUUAUGUUUGUUAUAGUACAUAGCACCAACAUUCCAGUUUAAAUUCUUAUUGAGGUGUAGACCUAGAAAUUUGGCAGAAUGCACUUCUGUUAAUUCUUCACUUUUAUGAUUUAUACUAAUUUCCUGAUCUUUUGACUGUUUGGUUCCGAAUUGAAUCAAGUUUGUUUUUGAUAUAUUAAGCUUCAGACCAUUUAACUGGAACCAUGACCCUAGCCUGUCUAAUGUACCAGUGACUCUAUCAGGAAUCGUUUCUGUUUCUUCACUUUUUAUCAAGACAGACAUGUCAGCAGCAAACAGAACGGAUGGUGAAUUUAUGUUUAAUGGUUAGUCGUUGACAUACAAUAGAAAGAGAAUUGGACUGAGGAUCGAACCUUGUGGGACACCCUGUGUUAUUGUUUUCCAGUCUGAAUGGUAGUUUACACCAUUUGAAGACAUGAUUGUUCUUUGUUUUCUAUAAGAUAAGUAAGAAGUAAGCCAAUAAAGUACUGCACCCUUAAUCCCAUAUUUUUCUAGUUUGUGGAUUAGUGAGGAAUGAUUUACGGAAUCGAAAGCCUUUGUCAGGUCGCAGAAAAUUCUGGCUACUUUACUGUUUUUGUCUAGAGCUGUGCUAAUUUUUUCUGUGAAAUUAUUUAUGGCGUCAAUUGUAUUUUUCCCUUGCUGGAAGCCAAACUGAUUCCACAAAAUAAUCCCUUGUGAUACAAUAAAGUUUUGGAUUUGGAUAGCAGCAACUUUUUUGAAAAUUUUUGAGAGCACUGGAAGGAGGGAAAUAGGACAAUAAUUCCCCAUAUCUUCUCCUGACCCUUUUUUAAAAAGUGGUUUUAUUUCCGCAUAUUUUAAAGAUUCUAGAAAAAAAUUCUUCAAAUGAUUUGUUCAUUACCCAAUCCACCGAAUUUUUAGUUUUUAGUGAUAAUGUAAUGUCUUCUAUUUCUUUCAUUGUAAUGUUUCAAAAUUUCAUGGGAGAUAUGUUUUUUCGAUCAAGCCCAAAUGGACAUACAUUUUUUUUGUAAUUUGUAACAUUGACGUUUGAUUUUGUCGUAGUGAUAAAGAAUUCCUUGAAGUGUUCCGACAUUUGAGCAGGAUUUACAAUAGUGGUGUUUUCAGGCUCUAUUUUACAAAUUUCAUGGCUGCCGCCUCUAAUGCCAAAUUCUGAUUUAACAACAGACCACACUUAAAUAAUUUACAAUUUGAACUGGGUUAAUGAUGUGAGGCUGCAGUAUUCCCUUUUGUGCAUUUACAAUAGCGUUUAUCAUCUGUUCAUAUUCUUCCUCAAUUCGGCUGAACAUUGCCACUAAUUGUAAUAUCUCUUUUGUUAUUGUGGCAAACGUCGCUAAACGUUUAAAACCCAUGUCUGUUUCUUUCACAUAUUCUUUCAGGAAAUGCUGUAAUCUUUGCAUGCUCGUCUUUAGAACAUUUGACUCUAACGUAUACACUGUCUGUUAACUCCUUACAAUGUGGCCCUUACCACUGCCACUUGUUCCUUUGUUAACCUUAGUAAACCUUCUGAAUUUCUUUCCGUAGCAUCUAUUCUUUCUUUGUAAUAAGCUGCAUCUGCUUCAUCUAAUGUCCUGAACAGUAUCUUACUCACCUGUCCAAUGAAGUUAAAGACUCCUCUCUACCUUCUAGUAUCAUGUUUCAUCAGCUGUUGUACUAGUUGUUGCAGACCUGCGUUUUUUAUUCUAUGUGAUGUGUCACCUGUUCAUCUAGUAAUCGACAUUCUAUUAAGCCUAUGUUUAGUUGUUUUAAUGUCUCCCGGCACUUUUGUACCACUGUUUUAGCAUACCUUUCUGCCUUCUGAAACCUCUCUGUUACAGUAUUUAAAUUUACAUAAGUAACAAUUCUCCACGGGGUGCUAUAUAUUUCUAUUUGUCCUGCAUUAUCAUAAUACAAUCCUGAAGAACUUGGAAAAUGUCAACUGAAAAUCAUUCGUUGCAUACUCUGAUGCAGUGGUGUUGGACAGUUUUCACUUAAAAGAACUGUUUCAGUCUGUUUGCAUGUACUUUGGUUUCUUUGUUUCUUUUAAUCUUUAUGACUGUUUGGUGUAUCCACUUUUACUACUUCAUAUGGCCCUCGCCAUUGUGAGUCUAAUUUUCUAGAUCUACCUCUUCUUAAGCUUCGUUCACACUGAGGGAUUUGUCGUGGAGAUUCGUGCCCUGCACAAGUCGUGGAGAAAAGUUUCUCGGCACAUGCAUCUCGUGACUUGGUUCAAGGACAGACAAGUGCCCGGCAUAAGUAGCAAACGUGAGCGUUCUCACUGGCGACAUGUAGCCAGUCAGUUUCACAGAACGUGGCAUCCAACGUAGAAUGUCUAUUUCUUUGCGCUAGUGCUGUGAAUUUAAUAGUGAAUACGGAGAAUAAGCGGAGAAAGGAACUUAGGUGGUGGGUGCGUAACUUUCUCAAUAAAUGGGGUAGUCAUGGAGCAUACACUUCUGUGAUGCGCGACCUUAAACUUCAAGAUGCACAGGGCUUCAAAAAUUUUGUUUGUAUGUCUACGACAGACUUUGAUGUAUUACUAAAUAUGACAGCACAGUACUACACACUUAAGGAUACAAAUUUUCGAGCGGCUGUAACCCCUGCUGAACAACUUGCCGUUACAUUACGCUUUUUAGCGACUGGAGAUUCGUACAGCUCCUUAAUGUACAUGCAUAGGAUUUCUAAAUCCAAAACCAGUGAAAUAAUACCAAAAGUCUGUCAGGCUAUUAUAAAGGCACUUCAAAGAGAAAUUGAGGUAAGAACUUAUUUUCAUUGAUUACUUAAAACAAAAUACCACUGAAGUUAACAUACAGAUGUAGACAUUUAACUGUUUUCUCUUAAAAUAAAAACGUUUUCUGUUUCCAUUUGCUGCCCCUCAUGAACAUCUAUUGGCAUUAAGUUUAUUUCCGUAAUUUCACUCUGUUCAAAUUCUUCUAGUUCUUCGAGUUUUGCCUCGAAAGUUAAGUCCUGGAUUUCCUUCUGCAGAAUGGUAAGACUCUUCUGAAUUUUACACAAGUUCUAGUUUAGUCAAUGAGAGUACAGAUCAAUCUAACUGUGUUGGUAAAUGUACCCGUGGAAUGGCAAAGUCUUUCACAGAGAUGAAGCUGCGUGCUCCCGAGUUUUGUUAGCUUUCCCCUUCGACCCACCAGCACUUGGCAUGAAUUAAUGUCGAAGGUAACUUGUCCUUAUUUGGUUCUGUUUACAUAUUAACUUCAUUCUUUUCUUUCAGAAGCUGGGUGGAGGGAUACAGUGCCUCUCUCUAUAUGGUCAUGCACUGUGUCCUGAGCUCUCCAUUGGCUCCUCAUGACGUAGUGCUGUCCCCACCAAGGGUCCUUCUUCUUUCACUCUCCGCUCCCAGACUUCUCUCUCUAACCAGAAGUGUCCUCUGUUGAUACAUUCAAUUGACUGCUUAUCAAGGGUCCCCUACACAGGGCAUCUUUUGUCUGUUUAUAGCUUGCACUGUUUGCUUUCUUAUCACUCGCAUCUGUCCAGCAUUUUGGACUUCUGCCUCGGCUGUACAUCUGAGUCCUGUUUCUUUGUGACCUCUCUGCCAUGCUCUGCAUCCAGCUUUACAUUUUAACUUUCCUGCUGUUUGUGUACUAUUUCUGUCAUGCUACCUGAGAUAGACUUUAUUUAGACUUGGCUUUUUCCUGUGGUUACAACACCUUGUAUGUUCAGGAGUAUAUUUCUAGAGAAAGAUGCGAGUUCUGGUAUUGAAACAAAUCUGCUUCUCCUAUUUUUUGUGUACCAGACAUCCUCAUGUAGGUAUUGAUUGCUUCUUUAAGAAGAAAUUGCAGCAAUAGAUGCACCAUUGGCAUAUACUGUAUAGUAAAUCCUUUUAUUCAAUAUCGAGAUUCAUUGAAUUUUGAGUUCAGUAAGGUGCUACAGCAGGUGCUGUGGCAUUUAGGGCCAUAGACAGAAGGUAGUCGUGGUGAAUAAAUCAUCGAACUAGGAAAGAUUUUGUCAGGUGUCCAUUAACUGAAGUUUUGGAGAAUGCCCCUCUUAGAGACCACGAAGAAUGGUUGCAAGGGGUCUCCAUACACCAGAUGGCUGAGCACCUCUAUCAAGAACUCAUUACUGAUAGAGUCUGAUGGGAGAAUCCAAAUGUGAUUUCAAUGUGCUCCAACAUUUUUCGACCAUCCUGCAAAAUUGCAUCAUGAAUUGCAGUCACCAGUAGCAACCGUGGCAGGUCUUCCGCUCCUUGGCACAUCUUCCACACUCGUUCUUCCACAUUCGAAGCUGGACACCCAGUUUUUCACUGUUGUAUAAGACGGAGCACUGCCCAUAAGUGUAUUCCACAUAUCCUCCCCAAUUUCCUUGGUUGUCAUUCCCUUCAAACGAAGAUACUCAGUCACAGCACGAUUCUUGAUUCUCUCGAUAUUCACCAUUUUGCUUACACUACGGUAUACAAUGCACUCUAGUAGCAAAACUAAUGAAGAUGGAGCUGCGAAAUUUGACUUGGAUUUGCACAAAGGGUCACCAUAACAUUGGAUGGUGCCGUUUGUGUGAGACAUUACAGUAACUAUCUCAGGCUAGAAACUUCUUGACUGCCCCUCAUAUAUUCUUAGAGAAAUCUUUUAAAGCCGGUUGUUAGUGGACACUCUCAAAUGUAUUAAAUAAACCUGUGAACAUUCGUGGUGGCCUUCUCUGUAUACAUUCCAUAUUCCCAUUUACCGAGCGAGGUGGCACAGUGGCUAGCACACUGGACUCACAUUCAGGACGACGAUGGUUCAAUCCCGCGUCCAGCCAUCCUGAUUUAGGUUUUCUGUCAUUUUCCUAAAUUGCUCCAGGCAAAUGCUAGGAUGGUUCCUUUGAAAGGACACGGCCAACUUCCUUCCCUGUCCUUCCCUAAUCCGAUGACACCGAUGACCUCGCUGUUUGGUCUCCUUCCUCAAACAUCCCAACCCUAUACCCAUUUAUUCAUGUUUGAUAUUGAUCCUAAACACUUGAGCAAUGUUCUAGAAUUGGUUGCACAAGUGAUUUGUAAGCAAACCCCUCUAUAGACUGAUUGUUCUUCACCAAUAGUCUCCUAAUAAACUGAAGUCUACCAUAACAGAGUCUGUGGGAUCAUUCCAUUUCAUAUCCCUUCAAACGUUUACACCCAGAUAUUUAUAUGAGUUGGCCGAUUUCAACUGUAACUCAUUGAUAUUGUAGCCAUAGGAUACUGCGUUUUUUUCAUUUUGUGAAGUGCAAAAUUUUACAUUCCUGAACAUUUAAGUCAAGUUGCCAGUCUCUGCACCACUUUAAAAUCUUAUCAACAUCUGACUGAAUAUUUACGCAGCUUCUUUCAGACAGCACUUCAUUAUAGUUAACUGGAUCACCUGUAAAAAGUCUGAGGUUACUACUAAUACUGUCUGCAAGGUCAUUAAUAUACAGCACAAACAGCAAGAGUCCCAUACACUUCCCUAGGGCACACCCAAAUUUACUACUACAUCUGACAAUGACUUUCCAUCCAAGGUAACAUGGUGUUUCCUCCCUACCAAAAGCUUCUCAAUCCAGUCAUAAAUUUCACUUGAUACCCCAUAUUAUCGAACUUUUAACAGUAAGUGUAGGUGUGGCACUGAGUCAAAUGCUUUUCAGAAAUCGGUAAGUAAUAUGUCUACCUGACUGCCUUGAUCCAAAGCUUUCAGUAUGUCAUGCGAGAAAACUGUGUGUUGGGUUUCACAUGAUCGAUGUUUUCGGAAUAUAUGCUGGUUGGCUGUGAGGAAAUCAUUGUGUUAAAGUUACAUGGUUAUGUUUGAGCUUAGAAUACGUUCUAAAAUUCUACAACAAAUUGAUCGUAGUUUUGUGGAUCACUUAUACUACCAUUCUUGUAGAUGGGAGUGACCUGGGCCUUUUUCCAAGAAUUGAGCAUUGUUUUUCGUAUCAGGGAUCUAUUAUAAAUUAUAGUUAGAAGUGGGGGUAACUCAACUGCAAAUUCAGUCUACGGUCUGACAAGGAUUCCAUCGGGGCCUGGAACUUUGUUAAAUUGUAAUGAUUUCAGCUGUUUCUCAACACCACUGAUACUAAUACUUACUUAAUUCAUAUAUUCAGUGGUAUGAGGAUUAAAUAGGGACAGUUCUAGGUUUUUCUUUGUAAAGGAACAUUCGAAAACAGAGUUAAGCAUUUCAGAUUUUGCUUUAAUACCCUCAAUUUCAGUUUGUGUCUUUUGCUAGGGACGGGACACUAACUUUGGUGCGACUAACAGCCUCUACAUAUCACCAGAAUUUCUUUGCAUCCUGUGAAAGAUCACUUGUCAAUAUUCUGGUACAGUAGCCAUUGAAGGCAUAAUGGAUUGCCCUCUUGACAGCCAAACACAUUUGAUUCAGCGUCUCUGUAUGUAUAGCCCUACACUUUGUUUCACACCUAUUAUGCAGUAAUCUCUGUUUCUUUGAAGUUUCUUUACCAUGACUGUAUACCACAGAGAUUCCCUCCCAUUAUGAACUGACCAACUAUUCUUUUAAACUGGAACCAGAGAUCCUCUACAUGCUCCUGCCCUGUGCUGAAAGUUUCAAGUCCCUCGCUGAAAUAUAACACUACUGAUUAUUUAUCUAGUUUACUGAAUGUAUAUAUAUCUUUCUGCUUGGUUUACUUGUCCUUUGUACUUUGGUAAUCAUUAUUGCCACAACAAAUCAUAGUCACUGAUACCAGUUUCGAUGUGGACAUCUUCAAAGAGGUCAGGUCUAUUUGUUGCCAUUAGGUACAAUAUAUUUCCAUCGUGAGUGGGGCUCCUAACUAUCUGUUCUAGAUAGUAUUCAGAGAAGGCAUUUAGUAAUGUUUCACAGGGUGUCUUAUCACGCCCACCACAAACAAAACUGUAAUUUUCCCAGUUAAUUGUUGGAUGAUUUAAGUCUCCACUGAUGAUUAUGGUAUGAUUGGGGAACUUUCGUGGCAGUGAACUGAGGUUUUCUCUAAAGUUUUUGAUUAUAUCAGGAGAUGAGUCUGAUGGGCGAUAGAAGGAUGCAAUUAUCAUUUUAUGCCCACCCCUGAUACUGACCCUUGCCCAAACAGUCACAUGCAGCUUCAAUUUCUAUCUCGGUGAAUUUGAGUUUCUUGUCUAUUGUGACAAAUACACCACCUCUAUUUCCCAUUUGCCUAUCCUGUCGAUAUACUCUUAAAUUUUACCCAAAAGUCUCACUGCUAUAAGUUUCAGGUUUCCACUAGCUUUCUGUACCUACUAUUAUGUGAGCUUCACUGCUUUUCAUGAGUGCUUCAAAUUCUGGCACUUCGCUGGGAAUGCUUCAGCAGUUUACCAUUAAGAUUUUUAUACUCUCACCUGUGGGAUCUUACUCUGAUACUUCUGGGUUUCCUACAGCUGUUGUUAUCUGGAUUGGUUGGAGAGUCACCUAACCUAAAAAAAAAAAAAAAACCUUUGUGUGCACCCCACACAGAGUCAGUUGCCUGAGUAGCAGCCUCUGAUGUGUGGUGUACACCUGACCUGUUUAGGGGGACCUUACAGUUCUCAGCCUUUGGUGCAAGUGCAGGAAGUUGCAGCCUAGCUUGUCACAAAACUUUGGAAGUCUGUGGGUCAAUCAUUCCACUCAGAACCAAAGGGCCAUGAUCGGUUCGGGGAACAGUGCUCCAAAUUGUGAGCUUCAUUGAAACUCCAUGCACAAGGCUGAUCUUCUCAAGCUUCUCUGCCAGUCCCUGGACUGACCCAAGAAUAAUUUUAAAGCUUAGGUGACAGGCAUCAUUGGUUCCAACAAGCACCACAAUCUGCAGUUGAUUGCACCCUGUUCCCUCUGUGGCUUCUGGGAUAGCCUCUUCAGCAUGUUGAAUGAGGCCACCAGUGCUGAAUGUGCCUGGUGUCCUUACCUGUCCUUGCUGCCAUUUCACUAAGGGAUACCAUUAUUUGCCACAUGUUUGAACUGCCGACAAUUAAUAGACCCACACCCUUUUGCAUGUGCUUCCUUGUGACACCAAACAAAAUAGGUUCCCCAACAGAGGUGACGUGAAAGGUGGCACCUCAAAAUUGUUGGUUAGGGAAAUCAGUGUAACACCAUGAGUCCUCCCUGGCCCCCAUCCACCCAGUACAAGACACCCAGAUCUACCAUUGAAAUGCCACUUGCAGUCAAGUGGAUGAGUAAUGACAGAUCACGCACUUUCUGCAGAGGAGACGGGAUUCACGGGAGUCGAUAUUACUCGAGGUACCUCUGUUACAGGUAUCAAAGGUACAAGACUCCGAUUCGCACCAGGUGCCAGUCGUUUUACUGUAGUCAGAGUGAUUCCAGCUGCUUAUGAAUGUCAACCAACUCAUCCUGUGUUCGAGAACAGCAUCCACAGUGGGACUGCAUUUUAGCUGGUGCAAUGUAUUACAAGGCAGUUAACAAAUCACUAGAUUAAACUUGCUGAUUAUCUUUUAAUUUGUUGUGCCAAAAAGUUGCCAGUUCACUAUAAGAAUUGAAGCAGAUUGCGAUGCCACUACCUGAAUAUACUGUAUUAUUAUUGGACCAUGUGGCAUCGGACUUCCGGAAAGUGGCUUUCGCGUGUAAUAGGUUUGAAUAGUGAUCCAACUACUACACGGAAUUUUUGGAAUAAAUAAUGAUAAUGGCACUUAACAAACUUAUUUUUACGUCUAUAUUUGAUUAUUAGUAGCACUGACAAUCUCUUUGAAGUGACUGAACAGGGAGCACUUAAUUCUGUAUGUUUGAUAUUGCCUAGCAGGAGGACAUUAUUCAUUUAAAACAAUACCAUAGCCUGAAAUCGUUUCAAAAUACAUAAACACGUAUGAUAAACACUUGAACUUGUUUUAGGUUAAUGUAAACUAUACAAAUUGUAAUUACUAAAUUUAAUGCUAUUGAGCUUUGCGUACCCUCAUGUUCAUGAUUUCUGGAGAGAAUUUUCUGAUUAUCGUUACAUGGUCAAUUUGAUAUUCCCCAAUGUGAUUGUUUGGAGAUUUCCAUGCAGUCAUUUUGCUCGGUGGUUUCUUAAAGUGAGUGGACAUUAUGUGGAGGUUGGCUAUCCCACAUAUGUUGAUUAAGUGAUGUCCAUUUGUGUUAGUCUUUUUGUGUGCUGAAAAAUUCCCUAUUAGAUGACUAUGUUCACGUUCUCUGCCAAUUUGCAUAUCGAAAUCUCCCAACAAGACUUUGACAUGAUGUUGAGGUAUCUUGGUGAGUACACGCUCGAGUUGUGACCAGAACUUCUCCUCUUUGUUUUUGUCAGAAUCGUUAUUGACCGGAGCAUGAGCGUUUGUCAGUGUACCGGUCUCAUUGGCACAUUUACCUGUGACUAGAGAGAGGCAUUCAGAGGGUGAUGAGAAGUCUACCACAGAGUCCUGGAUACUGUUAUGCAUGAGGAAUGCUGCUCCCAACAAAUUUAUGUUACUAUUUUUCAGUUUGAUUGCAGGCUUCCCCUUGUAGACUCGAUAGGCACCAGAAUCAAAGUGUUCACAAUCACGAAAAUGUGUUUCUUGUACUGCAAGUAUACGGAAUUUCAAAUCUGUCUCAAGUAUCUGUCAGUAUCUUGAGUUUUCCUGUUCUAGUCAGUGUCUGUAUGUUCAGUGUACCAAUGAAUUGAUUUUGCUUUGGUUUGAGGAGUUUUGGGAAGCUGUGACUCUCCCCUGCAUGAUGUCCUGGUCCCCCAGAAUCCAAAUGACCAGCAUUGCUUUCGCCUUCGUUUCCCUUAUCUUAUUUUAUCAGUAACAUAUGUUUGAAAGCUAUGUAUGUAAUUAUAUACCUUUCUUUUCUGUGAAGAACACCACUGUCUUUCUGCCAUUGACUAUAAUUUUUAUUUUUCAAUAUAUGAUUGCAAUUUCAACACUUAGGAUGUUAUCACAUGCUUAAAACAGUCAUAGCAUAAUUUAAAAAUGUCUGGCUAUUAUACACACACAAAGAUAUUUGAGGUCAUUAUCAAGAAAGCCUGAGUGGCAUGGCAUAAUAAUUUGACCUUUAAAUAAAAUUCCUAUUGUACAGAUUUCUUCGUUUGUUAUCACUUUCACUCCAGAUCCAUUUAUAAAGCUAAUAAUGUUGUUCUAGUUUUCUUACAUUUUUUGGAAUAGAGACUGGUCUUCUGAAAGUAUAGCUUUGACAUAUUGUUUGAUUGUGUUGAAGAUAGAUUAAUACACAAUGAGGCUGAAUAUUUGGUAAUUCAUAUUUUGAAUUUAUUUUUUUUUUGCAGAUGAGGAUUACAAUCUCUCUCUUAAAAUCCAUUAUCUGUUUUCCCUGUUCCUAUGUGCUACACAUAGUAGUAUGAAGCCAAACCACUCUUUUUAAUUCCUCCCACUCUCCUUUCAAGAUGGAGUCAUACCACCCAGAUUCAAUGAUCCCUGUCAGAAAAGUUGUAUGUAGCUAUUUAUGCAGUGCAUCCUGGACUUUGAUGUGGUGAAUGUUGAACCACUUGGUUGAAAUUUGGGUUUUAUGGUCUAUCUCCUGGCCUCACUCUCUUUGCCUUUCGGCAACUACCAGCUUUGUAAGAAGAAUCUGGUGCAGAUGUCAGUCGUGUUCUUUCCCUCUCCCUCUUCCUCUCCCCCUCCCCCUCACCAUCCCCCUCCCCCUCACCCUCACCCCCU